AAAGAGCGAGAGAGCCAUAGAGAAAGAAAAAGAAAAACUCAGGGACUGAGAAAAGGAUUGAAAUUGAGGGAGAAGUUAAAAAAGGAAGAAAAGAAGAAAAUGGUAGUAAGAGACGAUUUAUAAAUAGAACAUUGAGUAAACAUAAAUAGAGAAUUUUCGAUCUUGUGAAGACAGAGCCGAACCACUGUGCAGCUGUUGCCGCAGCCAUCGCUGGGGGGCAGGCAGCGCUAUUUAUAGACGCGUUGCAUCCGCAGCGUCUGUGCCUCGGCGCCUUUGUGCAUCUGUGCUGCAGCAGGCACAAUGCGUAGGUUAGUAUCUUACGAAUCGGCGUGCAGCAUCGAUGGCUUCACUUGGCGUACGGCGCAUGAAUCAGCCGCUGGGCAUCCGGGUCUGCUGCUGUCGCAUUUGUACCUGCAUCAACUUUGGCUUUGUGCUCUCGCCGGGCGGCCUGCUCAAGCUGAUGCAGCUCGGCCUGGCCACGCUGUGCGAGGGACUGCUGAUACGCUACGGCGUGCCAUAUGCCGAUUCCAUUGGCCAGGCGCUGACCAGCUUCUUGGCCACAACGGGCCACUGCUUCACCACCACGGGCAUACUGCUGCUCUGCUAUUGUUUCUCGGACAAGUCCUAUGGCCUCAUACGUCAGUCCCUCUUUGAAACACUGUUCCAUGGCCUGGCCAGCUGCAUGUACUUCAGCUCAGCCAGCUACAUGGGCUUCGCCUGCGUUGUCUGGCUGCAUCCGCAAUUUCUAGUACGUCCCGGCUUCUGGGCAUAUCCGGCCAUGACUGCCGCCUACUACAUGGGCUAUGCUGCGGGUCUCCUACAUGCUAUCGACGCCUAUCUCUCCUUCAAGUACUUUCGCAGAGCUAGCUAAGAGUGAUGGGCUUUAAGUUUAUCCAGCCCAGACGAACUCAACUAUGCAACGACUUAAUCUAGAGUUAAGACAUAUACUUAUACACAUAUAUAGAUGUAUUUAUAUAUAC